UAGAGUAGAGACACAGCCAGAAAAAAAAGCAAACGGUAAAGGCUGAGAAAGAGUUUAGGAGCAAGAGUAUCUGGAGAGAAAACAGAAUAAAUGACCAAUUCAAGCAAACAAUGUCAAACUAACUAUCAAAAGAUAAGGCAGUGAAAGCUUAAAGGAAAAAGACAUAAUUGUUGAGGGGAAAAGAAGGGUUUCAGCAAUAGCAAAGAGGCAAAGAUAAGAACGUGAGGCUACAAAGAAACAUAAGAUAUUUCAGAGGACAUUCGUGUUGUAAUGGAACAGGAACCACUGAGCUAUGAAGAAGCCAUUACAAGGGCAGCAGAUGCUAUUCAUCGAUUUCCUCUAAAAGAUGUUCAGGGUGUUCCUCUCAUGAGCACAAUUGCUGACAAUUGGAAAUCCAUUUCAGAAUUCUGCCCUGAUCCAUCAGACCUACUGAUCUCUACUUACCCUAAAGCAGGCACUACCUGGACUCAAGAGAUAGUGGAUCUUCUGCUGAACAAUGGAGAUGCUCAGGUGUGUAAGAGAGCACCAACAGCUGUCCGUAUUCCCUUUCUGGAGAUCUGUGCUCCUCCGCCCAUACCUUCAGGGCUCGAAUUGCUUAAACAGAUGAAACCACCAAGAGUCAUCAAAACUCACCUGCCCAUUCAACUAGUGCCUGUUGGAUUCUGGGAAAAUAAAUGCAAGGUCAUCUACAUGGCAAGGAAUGCAAAGGACAACCUUGUCAGCUACUUCCACUUUGAUCGUAUGAAUCUUACCCAGCCUGAGCCAGGACCCUGGAGUGGAUACAUCCACAAGUUCAUGAAAGGACAAUUAGGUUGGGGCUCUUGGUAUGACCACGUAAAAGGUUACUGGAAGGAAUGCAAGGAAAGGAAUAUUCUCUAUAUACUCUAUGAGGAUAUGAAAGAGAACCCUUCUAGAGAAAUUAAGAGGAUCAUGCACUAUUUGGACCUGUCUGUUUCGGAGGAUGUCAUAAACAAGAUUGUGCAGCUGACAUCUUUCCAUGUCAUGAAGGACAAUCCAAUGGCUAACUACUCAUACAUCCCCAAACCUGUGUUUGAUCAGUCCAUAUCUGCUUUCAUGAGAAAAGGAGAGGUUGGUGACUGGGUAAACCAUUUCACCCCAGCUCAAUCCAAGAUGUUUGAUGAAGACUAUACAAACCAGAUGAAAGAUGUGGACAUACCCUUCCGCUUCAACAUUUAAUCUCUAAAUAAUGUAUGCAAUAUUAAACUAUAUUCAAUAUCAUAAAA